AUGACGUCCCCGACAAAUUUUUCGCUGCCUCCUACACAAGAAGCAGUAAGCGAAAGAAGUGCAACAAGUAGUGAAAACGAACGUCGUAUCGUUGCCAACAUACCUUUACCUGAACGUCAACCAAAGGGGAAAUAUGUCUCAAAUAAGAUUAUCACAUCAAAGUAUACUAUAUGGACUUUUUUACCAAAAAAUUUAUUUGAACAAUUCCGUAGAGCUGCCAAUAUGUAUUUUUUAUUCAUGGCUAUUCUUGGAAUGAUACCAGCUGUGAGUACAAAUUCCCCUGUUUUGACUUUACUCCCUCUUUCAACUGUUGUUUUUCUUACCGCAUGUAAAGACGCCGUUGAAGAUAUGAAUCGUCAUCAAAUUGAUGAUAAAUAUAAUAGUGCUACUUGUUAUCUUUUACAAAAUUUUGUUAAUGUAAAUUAUCCUAGUCAGAAAAAACUUUCUUUUUGGAAAAAAUUCUUACUUAGAAUAAACCUUUUUUUUAAUUGGAAUAAUUCAAAAAAACCUAUUGAAAAUUCUGAUGAUGAAAUUCCUUCUGAACCUUCAAAUGAUGUUAUGUGGAAGAAUGUUAGAGUUGGUGAUUUUUUAUAUUUAAAAAAUGGUGACGCUGUACCUGCUGAUGCUAUAAUUUUAUCUACUUCUGAACAAAAUGGUACUUGUUUCGUUGAAACAAAAGAUCUUGAUGGUGAAACUAAUCUUAAACCACGUAGAUGUAUUCCUAAUGAUAUUUUAAAAAAUAUCAAAUUUCCUGAAGAUUGUUCUAAAUCUAUGUUUUGGAUUGAUUCUGAAGCUCCAAAUUCUAAUUUAUUCACUUAUAAUGCAAAAUUAACUGUUGUUACUGGUUUAUCUGAAAGAGAUGUUCCAUUACAAGAUCAAGAUUUUAUUAAUGAUUCAUCUGAAAGAAAUUUAAAUAAUCCUAUAUUAAAGUCGAAAAUGGCUAUUCCUGUUGAUAUAAAUAAUUUAUUAUUACGUGCUCAUGUUAUUAGAAAUACUGAAUGGGUUAUUGCUAUAACUGUUUUUACCGGUAUCGAUACUAAAAUUAUGCUUAAUUCUGGUGAAACUCCGAGUAAAAGAAGUAGAAUAGAAAAAGAAAUGAAUCAGGAAGUCAUAUUAAAUUUUAUGGUUCUCAUCAUUCUUGCUUUAAUUUGUGCUAUCGGAACUGGUGUUUCAACGGAACUUUUGGCUAAUAUAAGGGGUGAAGGUAUUCAACAACGUGUUGAUGGUAUCGGAAUUAGAUCAGGUCUGAUUAUUUUUCAAAACAUAAUUCCGAUUUCUUUAUAUAUUUCGAUCGAAUUUGUGAAAGGGUUUCAGGCCUUUUUUAUUUACAAUGACCUUGAUAUGUGGGAUGAAGAUGCUGAGAUUCCAUGUGUCCCAAAAUCAUGGAAUCUUUCCGAUGAUCUUGGUCAAAUUGAAUAUAUAUUUUCUGAUAAAACUGGUACAUUAACACGUAAUAUAAUGGAAUUCCGUCAAUGUUCUAUUGGUGGUAAAAUAUAUGGUCGAAAUGGUUGGGCUGGUAAAACAGAUGCUAAUAUUGGAAGAGAAAUAGCCACAAACAAUGAUAAACCUGAUGAUAAUGAAAUUAAUUAUAUGGAUAAAAAUGAAAUUUGGAAACAAUAUAUGAAUGAAAUGAAAAAUUUAUUUGAUCCAAAAUAUUCAAGUACAAAUUCGGAUUUUUUAACAUUUGUAGAUCCAGAAAUAUUUAGAGAUUUACGUGAGGGGAAAUCUAUUGAUGAAAAUGAAGAUUAUAAUGUGGAAUUUAAUAACGAUGAUAGUAUCGAUAAUCAAAAAAGAGCUCAACUUGUUAAAGAGUUUUUCACAUUAUUAGCAGUAUGUCAUACAGUAGUUGUAGAUACAAUUACUGAUGAAAGUGAUAGUACUACGAGUAGUAGUGAUAAAAGCAAAACAUCUGCAAAUGGUGUGCAUUCAGAUCAGACAAGCGAGUCUAAUUUAUACCCAAUAGAAGAAGAAAAAGUUUCACCAAAUCAUUCAACUUUUGAUGUUACUCUAAAAAAAGUUAAACAUUCGUUUACGAAUCUCAAGUCUUCUUUUAAAGGACUCGAUCCAAUGUCAAGUUUAAUGGCUCCUAAAGGAAAAAAACAAGAAAUAUUUGAUAAAACAGUGAAACAUAACCUUGUGUAUAAAGCUGAAUCUCCUGACGAGGCUGCUUUGGUUUCAGCUGCAAAAAAUGUUGGAUUCGCCUUCUUAGGUCGAACAGCUGAAUCAAUGACUAUUGAUAUUUUUGGUCAAGAAUACGUUUUUGAUAUAUUAAAUGUACUGGAAUUUAAUUCUUCACGUAAAAGAAUGAGUAUAAUAGUUCGUCGUCCUAAAGAAUUGGGUGGUGGUAUAAUAUUAUUCUGUAAAGGAGCAGAUAAUGUUAUAUUUGAACGUCUAGCCAGUGGUCAAGAACAAUUAAUUGAAAAAACUACUGUUGAUAUUGAGAAUUUUUCUAAUGAUGGCCUUAGAACACUAACUUUGGCAUAUAGUGUAUUGGAUGAAUCAUAUUAUCAAUCUUGGGCAACAAAAUAUCAAGAAGCUUCGACCGCCAUUAAUGAACGUUCUUCUAAAAUUGAUGCUUGUGCCGAUGAAAUAGAAAGAGAUCUUAUACUUUUAGGUGCAACUGCAAUUGAAGAUAAACUUCAAGAAGGUGUUCCUGACUGUAUAGCAUGCCUUCGAAAGGCUGGAAUUAAAAUUUGGGUCCUGACGGGUGAUAAAUUAGAAACAGCAAUUAAUAUUGGAUUUGCCGCUCAAUUAUUGACAAAAGAAAUGAGACUUUGGAUUGUAAAAGGUUCGAAAAAAGAUAUGGUCGCAAAACAACUUAAUAGUGUAUAUGCACAUUUAAUAUCUGGUGAUAUUGAGUUACAAGACGGAGCGGAUCCCGUACAACCUGAUGAUAUACAUGCUUUUAUUGUUGAUGGCUCGGCUUUGUCUCACCUAUUGGACGAUCCUAAAGCACGCCAACAAAUUCUUGAAUUGUCUGAACAUUUUCAUUCUGUAAUAUGCUGUCGUGUUAGUCCUUUACAAAAGGCCCUGGUGGUCGAAUUAGUACGAACAGGAAAAUUUUCCACAACAUUAGCCAUAGGUGAUGGUGCAAAUGAUGUUAGUAUGAUUCAAGCCGCUAAUGUCGGUGUUGGUAUCUCUGGACAAGAAGGAGUACAAGCUGCAAUGGCCGCUGAUUAUAAUAUUACACAAUUUCGAUAUCUUAAAAAACUUUUACUUGUACACGGUCAUUGGGAUUAUAUGCGCAUUGCGGAGAUGAUAUUAAAUUUCUUUUAUAAAAACGUAAUAUGGGUAUUUCCGGUAUUAUGUUUUGUACAAUUAUAUAAUAUGAUAUUUACGGUCGCUCCUAUAGUAGUUUUAGGGACAAUGGAUCAAUCUGUUAGUGCUAAAUAUUGCCUGAAAUAUCCAAGCAUUUAUAGCUUGGGAAUAAGAAAAAUGCGAUAUGAUUCUGGUAGUAUCGAAUUUUCAACUUCUGUUGCUAUAACCGCAAUAGUUAUAGCAAAUUUAUUUGUUUGUUUUAACACAUAUUAUUGGAAUUGGAUAUUAUGGACAAUAAUAACUUGUGAAUUGGUUUUUCUUUUUGCUUAUGUUCUAAUUUAUGGUCUUUUUACUGAAAGUCCAAUAUAUGGUAUAUGUGAACAAUUAUUUAGUGAAGGUAUAUUUUGGUUUGGUAUGGCAUUUGCAAUUUUAUUAGCUGGUUUACCACGAUUUGUAAUAACUUUUGUUAAACAAUGGUGGUAUCCUGAUGAUUUAGAUAUUAAGAUGAUCUUAUCCGUUCAUAACUAUAUUCAAGAAAAAAUGAAAAUGACCGAUGAAAUAAAAAUAACCGACGAACAGUCAAAGAAAGCCACUAACCUUCGUAAAGAAGUUUCUAUAGCAACAGAGGUAGGUGAAGCAACUGUUGCCCAUGUCGUUGCUGAAUUCAAUAAAACUGGAAAGGUUACAUCAUCAGAACAAGUUCAUGAUUUAAUUCUCUCUGCAAAUAGAGACGGUCUUCCUCUUACCCUUCAAUCCAUAGUCUUUGAAUUAUCUGAAUUAGGCUUUGCUCCUCAAAAUGUUUUGUAUCAGGCACAAUAUCUUCGUUGGCGAUUUGAAAAUAUUCAAGGACAAAACGAUGUUCCUAAGGAUGGUGUGGUGUAUAAAAGUGAAAGAGGUCGUAUGUUAGUUAUAUUUGGAGCCAUCAUCGUUUUUCAUAAUGGAAAUAGCAAUAAAGUAGAAGAAGAGUUCAUUCAUAAAUCCUUUCUUAUUUGGGACCCUACUGCAAAGCGACCUACUGGGAAAGGAAGAAAAAAAAAGAAUGCAAAAGCGUGGGAGACAGUUCUGGAUGCGGUGAAAAUGGCCGGUAUUGUUCCAGAUAAAGUGGAUUAUCAUGGGAAUUUUAAUGCAGAAGUAUUUGAAAGAAUUUUUGAGAAUCUUUGUGAAAAUCUUAGCAAUGAUUAUGGACCAUGCGUUAUCUAUAUGGAUGGGGCAAAAUACUAUAAACGUCACUCUGAAGCUGCACCAACUUCUAAUUGGAAUAAACCUGUGAUAAAGGAGUGGUUAGAAUCCCACAAUAUCGAUUUUGACUCUAGAAUGACAAAAGUGAAACUAUAUGAAUUGACGAAAAAAGAGAAAAAAUCCAUCCCUUUCACUACUGUCACUAUUGCAAAUAAGUUUGGUCAUCGACUUCUUUUUACACCUCAUAUCAUUCCAGAUAUUCUUUCUCUUUGGAAUAUCUUACUUAGUUCCUUUCAGGAGAAAAUAAAAUCGGAUGUGGUUGUUUCAUGCUGGAAAAAAUGUUUAGGUAAGGCGAGAAACUAUUGGGAAAUGGUCAAUGAUGGAAUAAAUGACGAGAGUGAAGAUGAAGAUGUAGACUUGUAUUCAGGAGACGAAAACCUUAAUGAGGAAAGUGUAGAUUAA